GAAAGCCACCAGGGAGGGCGUGGCUCCCUGGCAGGGUGCGGUCCGCGUUACCGGGACUGUGGAGAGUGGCUCAAGGCUGUGAGGCUGCUGGCAGAUGAGGCUCAUGACCAAGGUCCUGGUCUUCUGGCCUCCCGGCGACCUAACUGGAGGCCAGACAGCAGGGUGUUGAAGAGGUCCUGCCUGGCUGUCUCCUCCUCGGAAGGUCCUGACCUCUGGGGGCAUCCAUCUCCCACAUUCGGCGACACCUGCACCUGACUGCUGUGUGUCACCACUGUAAUGGAGCAGCGGGAUACGCCGUGGGGGCGCCAGAAUGAGGAAGUGCUUUCAUUAUGCAGCAGGACAGAUGGCCGGAGAACCGAACCACCCUGCCACGGGCUUGGGGCUGCUGUUCCCCAGGGCCACGUGAAGGAAACGGCUUCUGACCAUCACUGCUGACAGGUGUGGGUGGGGCCCGGGAACCCCAUGAGCAGCUUUUGACCCAGCAGAUGCAUCAUUGGUCUCCUCUAGUAAAUAGAUUGCAUCCAGAGCCAUCAGCUAACAUCACCACCUUUCUACGUGUCCAACAAUCUACUGUUUCCCCACCAUCCAUCUGGCUUUGGUAUCUGCCACGCAGGUUAUGGGCACGCGGCCCCGGGCACCGACGCGGGCAAGGCCUUCUGCAUGUUCUACGCGGUGCUGGGCAUCCCGCUGACACUGGUCAUGUUCCAGAGCCUGGGCGAACGGAUGAACACCUUUGUGCGCUACCUGCUGAAGCGCAUCAAGAGGUGCUGUGGGAUGCGCAACACGGAGGUGUCCAUGGAGAACAUGGUGACCGUGGGCUUCUUCUCCUGCAUGGGGACGCUGUGCAUCGGCGCGGCCGCGUUCUCCCAGUGCGAGGAGUGGAGUUUUUUCCACGCCUAUUACUACUGUUUCAUCACGUUGACUACCAUCGGGUUCGGGGACUACGUGGCCCUGCAGACCAAGGGCGCCCUGCAGAAGAAGCCGCUCUACGUGGCCUUCAGCUUCAUGUACAUCCUGGUGGGGCUGACGGUCAUCGGCGCCUUCCUCAACCUGGUGGUCCUCAGGUUCUUGACCAUGAACAGCGAGGACGAGCGACGGGACGCCGAGGAGAGGGCGUCCCUGGCCGGGAACCGCAACAGCAUGGUCAUCCACAUCCCCGAGGAGGCGCGGCAGGGCCGGCCCCGCUACAAGGCGGACGCGCCGGACCUGCAGUACGUGUGCUCCUGCACCUGCUACCGCCCGCAGGAGUACGGGGGCCGCCCGGCCGCCCAGCAGAACUCCUUCAGCGCCAAGCUCGCCCCCCAGUACUUCCACUCCAUCUCGUACAAGAUCGAGGAGAUCUCACCAAGCACGUUGAAAAACAGCCUCUUCCCCUCCCCCAUCAGCUCCACCUCCCCCGGGUUACACAGCUUUACCGACAACCACAGGCUGAUGCGACGGCGGAAGUCCGUUUAGGGUGCGGGGCGUGCCGGGCAGGCGGGAAAAGUCGCUUGUCCUCCUUGACGUCAAGUGCCACCGGCCCACCUCGUCUUUUCGUUCUCAUUUAUUCGUUCCGAGCAUCCUUGGUUGUGAUGGUCAUUGUCACGAUUACCUUCCCUCCUUCCUUUUCCCUCCCCCCCCCCCCAGGUUUCACGUCCUCCCCCACCGCCCCCGGUGAGACAGAGCAGGCCCAAGGGGAGAGAAAGGCCCGACUCCCUCUGAGACUCGCGUCUGAGCAUGAAGCAUGGAUUCCUUCCUCCCUUCCUUCCUUCCCAGCGAAGAAUGCCUUACACCCCUCCCCAGCCUGCCCCACCUCUGGGGUGGCUCUCCCAGGACAGGUGUGAGACCAAGACCACCAGGCAGAGCUGAGAGAAUAUACCCGACCCAAAGUUGCCCCCCAGGCCGCCAGCCGGCCAGGGACCACCGACGUGGUGUCUGCCCUAACUUCCUCCCUCUCGUCCUCCCGAGCACUGGGUGGGUGUGCGUGCGCGGAUGGUGUGUGAGUGAGUGCACAUGCCCGUGUACGUGUGUGUGUGUGUGUGUGUGUGUAUCGUGUGACAAAGCGGAAAGUGGCAGGUAUUAAUUUUUCUUUUCCACGACACAGUUCUGUUAAGAACCUGCUUUCAGCUGCUUCCAAACAAAAACGGGAAAACAAACCCCACGAGGCUUUUGAUUUACCAUUCUGCCAAAUCAAGCAUGCUCCAUAAGCAGGCUCUAUCCCAGAUGUGUCAUGACCAUAUUCUUUAGACGCUACGUUCUAAAUUAUAUUAACUUCUUUUUCGGGGUGGGUGGGAAAGAAGAUACGGAUCUUAGCUUGCCAGUUCAAAAAUUUUUUAAAAGCAUGCACUUUGUUAAAACUGGUAUGCAUUAUCAACGCAAGAAAACAGAACUAGCAGCGGAAUUAAUCAAAAGCCAAGAAUAAUACAAAUUAAAGACAUUUUUAAUUUUAUCAUCUCCAGUUCCAACAAUUUACCGCACAACUGGAAGCGUCAGGGGAAACUGGAAAAUUGUUGGAACCUCAGAGUAUCUAUUUUGUUAUUUCCCUCUUGCUUACAUGGUGGUGAUGGUGGUUUAUGCAGCAUCGAUCUGCAUAAGUAAGAAUCACAGUGUGGGAUGCUUGGAUGAGAAUGGGUAUUCGUGGAUGUGGUUUCUUUUCCUAAUAAAAAAAUGACAGGGCAUUCCUUGUUUAAAAUAUAUAUAUAUAUAUGUAUGUAUGUAUGUAGUUCAAGAAAGACGGUCUCUAGUUGCAUUUGAUUUGUAAAUAAGGGCAAGUCUGUGUUGGUCUCAGGAAGCGUUUGGAGGUAAGGGUGGUGUCUUGGCCUGUUGGGAACUUGUCGAUCACCGGGGAUGGUUUUCCUGAGGAGUGGAGAAAUUCCUCCCCACCCUCCCUUUAGAUGGCUCAGUGGGAAGGCCUGUUAGUCUCCUGGGGGCAGCUAGGUCAUUGAAUAUGGCAUGUUGCAGGCCUUUUCAAUGGCAGGAGUAAAGGAAAGUCUGGUGCCUUUCAUUUGCCUGGUCACCACCCCUGUCAUUUGUAAAACUCACCUAUCCUCCCAUGGCUUCUACAUAAACUCAAAGGUCACGGCUCUUGGAUAGAAAAGGGCUUUAACUGCUUUGCCCAGAAGCAGCAGUGGGAGCCCCCGUGGGAUCUCCCAGAAGGGAGGAUCUCCCUAGAAAGAGUGGACCUUCAAGCUUCCUGAAAGGAGAGGGCACUAAAUGCCACCAGUCCCAAGCACCUGGGCCACUGGACUGAAAUGCAGCAGUCCAGGCUCCUCCAAAGAGGUAGAUACUGCAGUGCUUACGUCACACGUUGAAAAUGGCGCCUGCAUCAAGACACAGAGCCUGAGGAAGGGGUCUGGGAACCACAGCUUCUCGGGGCCAGAAUAGACCGUUCUCAACCUUCAAGGUUGUCUCAAUGCACUCAUUUUGAAUAGAUACAUAUUUUAGGGAUAAAAAUUUGUCCAGAAAAUAGAAGCAGUUAAUUUUUUUUCCCAUUGGAAGAAAUUUUUGGUGAUAGAGGGUCACGGGUAUGAAAAUACUAGCCCAUCCUUGCAGAGUGCUUCAUGUAUUGGAGGAGUCCGCUUAGAAGAAGUGUGAGGUUUCUCAUCAAAACCUUUGUAAGGUGUGUCCUCAGAUGUCUUUGAUCUAGAGAGGAGACUGAGGUACUGAGAGGGUGAGGGGUUUGCUCAAUGUCCCAGAGCUGGUCCUGGUCCAGGAAGCGGACCCCACCACACCACGGUGUCCUCGUUAGGCCCUCUACUGAGGGCACCUGCCUCUCUGUCCACAGGUAGGUGCACCAGGACCCUGGAGUCAGGGGAGCAUGGGCUCAACUCUUCAUUCAGAGCUGGUUUCCUGACUCAAAUAUCCAUUUAAAGUGGCCUUCUACUUAAAUGCCUCCGGUGACAGAGAGCUCCCCCUUUUUUGGGGAGAUUGGGAAAACAUUCCGUAUUCUAUAUUUCCACAGAGUUGACUGUUCUGUAUAGGAUUAAGGAUCACAGGAUGGAGUUUUUGCGGUUCAGUGAUGACCACCAACUUAAAUAUUGGAAGCAGCAUGGAACCUGUCCUGCCACAUCCCUCUUAUUUCUCUGUCCUUGGCGACCGUUCAGCCCUCUGAAGGACAAUCAGUGAGUCUUCUCUUCCAAAGUUAAACAUCCUUUUUCAUGCUUGGUAUAUUGAGGGGACAGAGGGGAACCUAGCUUUGCUGCUUUUGUGACGGCCAUCUCUUUCUUAGGUGAUGGCCCAGCGGUUCGCUACCGUGGUCUCUGGCCAGGGAGUUCUCCAUGUGCACCAAUGAGGUGCUCUCUUGGGGACAGUGAGUCAAGGGCCUCCAGGGUCCUUCUCUUCCAAUAAAAUGGGUCUAAGGAAUCUCCAUCUCGGGCUUGGACACCUGAGACCUGCUCAGUCAGCACAAGAAUCCUCAAAAAGCCAAGAGGAAGCUUAGUCUGAGUCACCUCACCGAGAUCCCUCAUUUUUCGGGGGGUGGGGGAGGAGUUGAGGUGCAGAAAGAGCGAGCUGGCAUCUCAGGUCAGCCAGCCAGGCCCUUGGUCUUCUUGUGGGUUUCUCCUGCUUUCUUUCUGGCUCUUCGGUCACUGCUGUUGCUUAUACCCCCAAGGUCCCUCAGCACCUCAAGGAGUCUCUGUUCCUCCCUCUCAUGCCUGGCGACUUCUUUCCGGAGCCAGGCUUCUCACACCCUUCCAGGUAGCAGUGCCCACUCGGCGAAGGGGAGAAGUCACAGGAAUUUGGAGGCAGGCUUCAGCUUCAGUUAGGACGAGCUGAGAAGAGCUGCAUUCCACCUGAAUCACAGGGGGACUGGCUGGCCACCCAGUUCUAGAUGCAGGGUCUAAAAGUCAACAUGCCUUGUAGAUCCUUCAAGAGCUUUUGGACUCUUGCUCGAACGUUUUCCGCCUAGGAGAUCUUAAUCCAUCCGCUCCACCAAAGACAGGAGGGUGGGCAGUGGCCCUGAUGGUCCCAAACAGGUCUGGGUGCUUUCUAGAGACCUUCCCUGUUUCCCUCUUCACCACACCCUUGCUGGGUGGAAGGUGCUAUCACACCACGGGACUGUUAGACUCUCAUUUACCUCAGAGUGAACCCACUGUCUGGGUUUUUGAGAUGCCUGCUUAGCCCCGGAGCUGGGAUCGGGUCUCUUCCCACCCACACCCCUUUGUCUUGAAACCCAGGCGGCAGACCCUUCAGCGCAGUCAGCUGCCCGGUGCUCCCUGCAGCAUCUGUUGUGCUCCUGCCGUGCAUCACUGAUGGGGAAGAGCUGCCUGCACUGGGCAUGAUCACAGCAGGUCAUUUGCAGCCCAAAGAUCCCCACUGGGAGAGGAAGUGGAUGGACCCAGGCUGUUGGCCAGGAGGCCCGCCUUUGCAGGUGCUGAAACCCCAUCUGUAAAAAGGGGAGGGUGACUGCAGAACCUUGGCUGUUUCUUCUCUGCUCAAGGGGCCUUGAGUGGGGAACCGUCUGGAACAGUAACUCAGAAACCCACCAAUAAGUCUAGGAGGUCGUUUUUCUCUGCCUCACCUAGAUCUGAAAGCCUUGUGGAUCCUGAUUCCUAGCAACGAUCACUAGCAGCUGGAAGGAACGGGUUAGAGGCGUUCACUGUGUGUGCACAUUGACUUGGAGAGGGAGGUAAGAGCACAGAUGAUCAGAGGAGGAAAGCCACCCACCACUGAGGUCUAUGGCCCUAUUUCUUUACGCAGUCUUUUUAAAUAAUUGGCCCUAAUUAAGAUACCAGUUACGGGCAUCCACAGAGGCGUGAGGUCUGAGGUCUGUGUUGGAAUGCAUCCAUUCUACUAGUGUGACGGGUACCACCUUCUGAAGUGCUCCAAGAGGGGUGUCAGACUGGGCGCGUGUCACGUGCAGGCCUGCUGCUGGGGCUCUGAUGUGGGUUUCCUCCGGUAAUGGCUUGUGUGGGGCUCUGGACGCCUCCCAGUAGAGGAAGGGUUGGCAGGGCAGGGACCUGGUACAUACCUGCUGCUUCGCUGGGCCCCCAGAAGUCAUAGGACCUUCCCAGACCUCUUACUGUCCCAUAACACGACGGGACAGCUUGGGUGGGAUUGAUGAGCACUUAGCACAAAAUGAAUUUGACCCAUGAAGACGUGUGCCCUGGGUGCCCCCAUCAAUGUGCAUAUUUGAAGGUCAGGACACCAGAAAGAAUACCAGCAACGGUUUGGUUUGGCCGGGUGCUGGGGAGACAGAGAGGGACAUGUGAUGACACCGAGAACAGAGGUCAUCACGUGAACCAGGACCCGUACGUUCUGCGUUCCCCAGAGCCCUGGGCAGAAAUCCAUCUUGACCGCACACCUUGGUAGGCGCUGCUGUUGGGGGGUGGGGUGGGGUGGGGUGGGGGGAGAUCUUGUUUGCAUUAUUCUCCCCACCGACUGUUUUGAGAGUUCCAGAUUAAAGUUGAGAGAACAGCAUGAUGAAUUGCCGUAUACCUAUCACCCAGACUCCCCGAUGUUUGGUACUUUGUGACAUUUGCUUACCUCUCCCACCCUUCCCAUGCCCUCAUGCCCAUGCUGAGGUAUGUGGAGAAUGAAGUGGGGUCUGGAACAUUUAGGUAGAUCAGUCAAAGAAAAAAUUGCUGAUCUCCUGGGAACGAGAGCAUUGUCCUAGAGAACAGUGCCCUUAACACCUUAGGAAAGUUAGCAUUCGUACGAUAAUAAUAUCUCAAAUCCAGCAUCCACAUUUCCCCAAUUGUCCCAGAAAUGUCCUCCGGAGCUUUCUUGUGAAUCGGACAGACAGCCCAAGGUCACGUUCCACGUUGCCUGUCUGGUUGGCCCAGAUUUGCCCAAUCUAGGACAUUCUUUCUCACCAUUUUUUUCUUUUGGGAGAUUGCCAUUUUGAAGAGUCCAGGCCAGUUGUCUUGGGGAACGGACCCAUGAUCUGCUUCCGUCUGCUGGUUUGCUCAGGUUAGGGAAUUUUAGGCAAGAAAACACUGGAGAUGUGUAGCCACGAUUAAUGCAUUUGAGGGGUUUGGCGCUCUUGAGACCUCUGUGAUUACCCCUCUCAUUGUAGAAAGAGAAGUCACAUUAAACGUGGUUCUCUUGUGUUGGUGAGACUAGUGGAAGCUUCUGGAGGUGUCCAUGAGUCCCUGGAUACCGAAGCCCAACACCGCCCUGCUAUUUCUGACUUCUGACACGGAGCUCUUUGCUGUGCUGUGGAAACACCAGCCAUCUUUUCCCUAGACAUCUGUAGGGGUGAUCCAGCUAUAAAUACACACGAAGCACAGAGAUCUGCUUUUAUCGAUUUCAAAGCUGGCUGGCAGGUAGAACCCAGUAGGAUUGUUGUAAGGAUCCUGUAAGCUAGUUAGGGUGCUCUGGCACCUGAUAGCUGCUCAACGAGUAUUAAUGAUCGCUGAGCCUUUCCUAUCAUUAAUAAUCAUAGAACUGUAAUUGGUUUCAUGGCAGUGCUCUUGGCUAUUAAAGACUGUGAUUCUGACCUCUGUCUUUGAGAUCUUUACCCCAGCAGGUUCUAUAGCACGGAUUUUUCAGUUCUGAUACCAUCAAGCAGCCUACCUGCCGUGGCUAAGUGACCUUUCAUUUUGAUCAAGAAAAUCAAGAAAACAUGCCCAGGCAGAUUCCCACCUCUGAGCCUUUGCCCCUGCUAUUCCUGCUACCUGGAAGGUCUCCCUGCUGCUUUCCAGCAUGCAGGUGGAGAAGGGGGCUUCUCCCUCAUCCUUCGAAAGCCGCUCUUGACCCUUUGUCCCUUGAUGGACUCAGGGAUGCCUUCCUCCAGGCUCCCUAGUUCUUUCUGUCACAGAAGAACAUUGUGGGGGGCAAACGGCGAUGGCCCUGGCCUUAAGCGCUGUAAGUGCUGGGAGGACCCAGAGAGGUGAACCGUGACAGUCCCAUUUCUAGCUUCUUGCCUACGUGGCCACUCAUCCCCGCUAUCAAGACAUGUCUGACCUUCAAUGCAGGUAGUUGCUCCCUCCCUGAAAAUCGGUGCACACCUGUGUGUUAGAAAUCCAUCACCCGCCAUUGGUUACUCUGUGUCAUUUGCCUGCCAACAUUGAGUGUGCCACAAGCUGCCCACGGCUGGGCACUUCCCAUAAAGUGGGUGAUUGGUACGUCCUCAGUCUCCAGAAGCACGCUUGUGACAUUUCACCCUGCAGUGGGGGGAGGGGGCCCUGUGGUGGCCCCGUCUGUCACCAGGAGCCAGGGCAGUGCUGUGUUCUCACGGAAGUCCCGCCAGUAGAGGCUGAGUAGUGUGGGACCAUGCGCAGUGAGUGACCGGAACCUCUGGGGCCUCAGCUCUGCACCUGCCCAGCAUGGCUCUGGGGCCCUGGGACACAGGCACACCCUUCCUGCCUCUGUGGGGCAGCGUGUGGGGAGGAAGCCGCUUAGUCUGGUGGCACCUUGCACACCCAAGACUGGCCUCUGACAUUCACAGGUGGGGGGUGGUUUUGCCUCUCUGGGCCUCCGUUUCCCUAGCUUUAAGUUGGAGGUUAGAAAUAAACCCUGCUGUGCAGAGUGGCUACGGGAACCACAGGGGAUGACACUGGGUACCCGGUCCAUGCCAGGUGCCCCACUGGUGCCCUCACCAUCUGCUGCUCUCAGAGCGGCCAGCCUCAAGGCUCCCGUGGGUUAACUCCCAGGCAUUGGACUUGAAAUCAUACCGUGGAGAGGAAGUGAUGGAGUCUGGUCGAGGAACUCAGGUAGGGCUUUGUGGAGGAAGUAGCUUUUAGAACUCUCUGGGCAAGCCUUGAAGGAGCAGGUGGGUGCUGUUUUCAGCAGAGGCAUGGCACGGGAGUGCAGAUUUCAGCCAGCGAGCAGUGGAAUCGUGCCCCAGAGCCACACCCGACAGACAGGAGGCAGCGCGACUGUCCAGGCCCUUCACAAGCUGCUCACAUCCUCAGUCGUUCGGGCCAGUCUUGUGCUCAAGAACAUUCCCUGGCUCCCCAGUGCCCACACAGUAAGUUUAUUUCAAGGCCCUUCCCGCUCACACCCUAGCCCGAGUCUCAGGCUUCUGUGGAGGACCUGUCCAUCCGAAUGUCCCUACUGGGAUCUCCUCUCGUGACAGAACUCCACAGGCAGAUCCUGGAGUCUCACCAAACUUGAAGCCUUUGGAGUCUUAUCGUUGAGGUGGAGUUAAUGGUUGUGUGUGUGUGUGUGGGGGGGGGGGCAGGGAGUGUUUAAGUCUUCUGGACAUUGGCUCUAAUUUGCAGAGGGGAACAUUUUUGGAUAAGGGCUGCUUGGUCUGUCACUCGGGCAUCCGUGGGACUUGUCCUGGCAAAGUCUGACAGCUACGAAAGAUUAGCAUGGAGCUGAUGAAAGGAAAAGGGAAAGGUCACGCUCACUUGGCGUGAAGAAUUUGCCACUCCCUGAUCAACACAUUCUGUGAUUGCCUGUGACUAGGGCCUCGGGCCCUGGGCUAAGGCUCAUGGGAGUUGCAGAUGCUGGUCUGGGCCCCUGCCCUUAUUCCAGGUUUCUCCCCUCGAGUUAGGGUCUCUUAUGGCUGUGGUGCUGAGGGCAGGGCCCUUUGAAGAGCCAGGGCCGUCUGCCGUCGUGGUGAGCGCUGGCGGGCACGUGCCAUGAUGUCCGGUCAAGGUCAAGGAGUGGCAUCCUGGUAUGGAGCUCCCCACCCACCCCCGUAGGCAAUGCGUUGUGGACUUUGAUUUUGAGGCGAGGCCUCUGAGUGGUGGAGGCUGAGGGGAGGCAUUGGCUGAGUGGAAAGUAGUCUAGCCUAGGAAACGUGACCCAGGGUUCAAACCUUGCCUUUGUGAUUUGCUGUGUGACCCAGAGCAAGUCAUUUCACUUCUCUGGGCCCGAGUUUCUUCCUUUCUAGACUGAGGGGUUUGGCCAAGGUCCCAAAUUCCCACCCUGCCCCACCCCUCCCCCAAACCUUGUCUGCCUCGUUCUCUCUGCCCCCAGCUCCAGCCUGGGGAGGACCAGCUGGGCUGACGUCAACUGGCAUCUGGAAGUAUCUACCCAGACACCUUCUGCUGAAGGUAACUCUCCCAGUUAGACCUGUUUAAUGGCAUAUGGAUCCUUAAUUAACCGAUAGCUUCUUGUGGUGCAUCUUUGCUUAGUUUCCUGGGUCUACGUAAGGCACCCUGACUGCACAAGGUGCCUGUUCUAAAGAGAGAGCACCUGUGCCCGGGGGAACCCUGGGACGCCGUGUCUGCAGCCCUCCCCCUCGCUGGUAGGAGGAUGGGUCUGCCUCCCCAGGAUCUGCCUUCCCAUUAGUCCGGAAACCCCAGUUCUCCCUUCCAUCUACCUCCGUUCUUCCCUGCUGUGUUCUCAGCUCGUCCUGACUUCAGGGCUCUUUGCUUCCUGGGAGGAUAUGUCGCCCCCCUACAGAAGCCACUGGCUCAGCACGGGGCCUCCUGCAGGGCCCCAUCUGACUCAGGUCAGCUGU